AUGUCCACUCUUGGAACAGCAAGUCAACAACAGGUCUCAGUAGAAUAUGAAAUUUCUAUUGAAGAGGUGCAAGAUGAUGAAAAUGGAUCGGAGAAACCAAUGGAAACUCCAAGAGAAUCAAAUAAGAAGGUGAAGAGUUCAACAAUAACACAUGUGAGUGCAAAUUCUGAUAGUCAGUCGUCAUUUGAUGAAGCUAUUCAACUGGAUAUUGUAUCUGAAUAUGAUGAUAUUCAAUCUACGACUCAUCAACCAAAUACGAAACCUCACUCAACAAAUGCUUCGAAAGAAAGGAAAUCCAUUUUGAAGAAUGGUAUCACUUGCAUGUUAAUUUCACUCUUCAUUUUCAUUUACAUGUUGAUAUUGAGUGGAACCAUCUAUUAUUCUUACUACAGUAUCGGAAGAGUUUCGUCAGAAUUCGUCUAUUUCAAUGAAGAAUUUUCGAGUACAUGCAACACUGACAAUGGUUUCGUUUACAAGCACCCAACUCUCAACUCAACUCUCGUCAAGACAUGUUUCUCCCAAAAGAUCAUUUCCAUUAACUCUACAAGUGAAACUUUUGAAAAUUUGGACAAGUUGACUUUAUUUUACUAUUCUCCAACAACAUUCAACAUUUACUACUUUAAAGAGUUAUCUUCCUUUGAGAGCUACAACUCUUCUUAUUAUUUAGAUCCAUAUUCGGUCAAUUAUUGGAUUACUUCUAAUACUAAAUAUGGUUUUAAACAAUUUGCGUUAUCUGUUGUUGAUAAUUCAACAGAAAUUGAAGAAAAGGGAAAUUAUGGUGUGAGAAUUUUAUUUCAAGUCAACUUUUACUCAGUUGAAACACUUUCGAAUAGUUCUAAUUAUGUAGGAUAUGAUUACUUGACAACAAUAUCCGAAUCCUCAUUAGAAGAUUAUAUAGAAAGUAAUUCUACAAGUUUCCCAUUCACUAUCAGUGGUUCCUACUAUGUAGAAAGUUCCAUGAGUGAAGUUACUUGGCUCAUGAUUGGUUUCGUCUUGAUUUUGAUUUUCUGCUUGAUUGCCACUUUGUCAAUUUCCAUGAGAAUUCAAAGAGUUUUAUAUUCUGGUGAAAUCUCCACAUUUCUUCCAUUAUUUAUUCGAAAGAUUACCAUUAAUUUGUUAAAGAAACCUUCAAAGAAACUAGAAGAAUCCGUAUCUGAAACCAAAACUUCUCAAACAGGAGCCAAAAUCACUUACGAAAAGUUGAAUUUCAAAGAUUUCUCAGGUAACACUCAUCUAUACGAAAGCAGUGGCGAAUUCCAUCCAUUCACCUUCACUGCAAUUCUAGGAGAAUCUGGAAGUGGCAAAACAACUUUCAUCAACACUCUGAGUAGAAGAGCACGUGGUAAAAUGGGCGGGAAAGUUUAUAUUGGCAAGAAGCAAUUAAAAUCCGAUUCCCAAAAGAGAUUAAUUGGAUUUGUGCCACAACAGGAUAUAAUGAUUCAUACUCUGACUCCAAGAGAGACACUCAUGUUUAAUUCUUUUGUUAGGAAUGAUUAUUUGGAUAUGGAUGGACAUAGAAAGGUUGUGGAUAAGGUUUUGAGAGAUUUGAAGCUUAUUAAGGAAGGUUAUGAUGCUUCGAAUACAAUUAUUGGAAAUGAAGAGCAUAGAGGAAUUUCAGGUGGUGAAAAGAAGAGAGUGAAUGUAGGAAUUGAAUUGGUUACUCAACCAGCAGUUCUUAUUUUGGACGAACCUACAACUGGUCUUGAUUAUUUGACAGCAAACAAAACUUGUAAAAUCCUCAAGGAAAUUGCAGAUGGAGGAAAAACAGUCAUUUGUGUUAUCCAUCAACCUGCCUAUGAAACUUUCUGUCUCUUUACAGAUGUCAUGGUUUUCAAGACUAAACAAGUUGUUUUGAGAGGUAAGCGUGAGGUGAUAUGUAGGGAAGUUGGAAAGAUUCUCAAAAUCAAGAGAGGUGCCAAUGCAGAUGAAAUUUUAGAUUUUGUUUCUGGAGCUACUCAUGAAGAAUUGAAUCAAUUACAAUUAAGAAUUGAUUCAAUUGCUGAGGAGUUGUCAUCAACCCCUUCCCUUAUUCCAUCUCAGCAAACUGAAAGGGAAAAUAAUAAGGAAGGAGGAAAAUCUCGUCACUCCAAAGAUGUCUCUCCAUUUUACAAACAAUUCAUUGCAUUAAUGAUUAGAUCCAUUAUCCAAAUGGCCAGAAGUUGGAUGAGUAUUAUCUUUGAUGCUGUUUUGAGUAUACUUGCUGGUUUUCUAUUGGGAUUGUUAUUCCUGAAUCAGUCUGGUGAUUUGUAUCAAGGACCUGUAGAUAAGAGUAUAGUCUAUCAAUGUCCAACUGAUAAGAUUGCAAUUUGUGCACUUCCUCAAAAGGAUUACGUGAUAGCCCUAGCAAGUUUAUUAAUAUUUGGAUGUAGUUUGACAGCUGCCAUGUCUUCAUUGAGAGUCUUUGGUAACGAAAAGGCAAAUUAUAUCAGAGAAACUUUGAAUGGUAUCAAUUCUAUCAUGUACUUUCUGGUCAAGGAUCUGUUAGCCAACUUGCAAGUUCUCAUUGUUUCCUUCUUCUUUUCCUUGACUUUUUACUUUAUCAUUUCACCUAGAGCAAGUUUUGGUUUCUAUUUUGGAAGCAUGUUCUUAUUGAGCUAUGUUACCUUUCCAAUAGCUUACUGUGUUUCAAUUACAGUGAGUCCACAACUGAGACAAAUUACAUGUGCAACCAUAAUCUUUCUGUCUUACAUGUUUUGUGGAGGAACUCCAACAUUGACCGAUUUGAAUGAAAUGCCACAACCACUUCCAAUGUUUCCACUUCUUUCUCAUGCUCGUUAUGUCAGAGAAUUGCUCUACAUUGGUGAAAUUAUCAACUAUGAAGAGGAUUACAAUAUUGUAAAGAGUCUAUCUCUAUACAGUUACCAAAGUGAUCACAUUCUCUAUCUAGUCCUGGUCGCUCUCAGUUUUGGAUUAGUUUUCAGAAUAUUUGCUUACGGUCUCUUGUGGCAAUCUAGUCCAACUUCAACCAUGAUCAUGAUCUCCAGCAAAUCCAAGUCAAUUGUAUCCAAAAUCUUUUCUCCAUUAUCCAAAAUGAAGGAAUAUUUCACUAACCAACUCCAAAACAAAUUAUCUUCCUUCCUUCAAUAA